AUUUUGGGUUGAUAAUCUACAAUUGGUAUCAAUAUGCACAAAGUUUAAUGGCUUUAGGCUUAGAGUAUUUGAAACGUAUAUAUAUACUCAUAGAAUGAUUAGAGCUCUGCGGUGGUUAAUGAUAUACUUCUAAACUAUAGCUUUACUCUUAACAUCGCACCAUCUCUUUCUUCUAGUUUCAAUGCUUGAAUGAAAUUUGAAAAUUCUUGUAUGAAGAAUUUGUGGAUAAGAAAUACUUAUUCUUAAUUUAUAUCCAUUAUAAUACUAUCAACAUAGUAAUAUGAGCACUGGUUAUUGCAACAAAAAGAGUAAAACUAUAGAAUUCAAAAUCAUUCUUAUCAAUAUGGCCUACAAAAAUUAAAUUUGCAGCUACAACUGAAAUACAAAUCAAGCAACAAAAAGGUCAUUAUAGUAUACAACAUUAUAAACACAUGGAAUAAUACAGUUGGAGCUAAUUUAAAUGUUUUACUGGUAAUAUAUAUUGUGAAUGUAAGAUAAGCAAAUGGUACAUAACACAAGGAUUAUAACCGUUGGUAUAAUUGGUCUAAUUUUGGAUAGAAAGCAAAAUAAAUAUGAAAUAAAUAACUGAAAAACAAUUAUAUUAUCAAAACGAGCGUGAGAAGAUUUAGAACCUUCGCCAUUUUUAAAAGUAUGAGAGAGUUGUUGCAUUAAAUGAUAUGCCAGGAUUAUGCUCAAUUUAAGUAUCACUUCAUAUUUAUAAGUAAAGCUGUGCAUUAUAUUGUAUUUAAGAAAAUUUUUUACAAUCUAAAAGUCAAAUUUGAUACCAUAAGCAUUGUUAAAAAUAGAAUGAGUACAAAGAGUGACAUAUUUAGGCAUUCAGCGAUACUGGUGGAAUAACUUAAUCAACUUUUACUUUUGUCACAAGCAUCCACAAAUUUUUUAAAAGGUUUUAUUAAUUCUACAUAAAAAUUAUAUUAAGAAACUACAAGCAGAAUUGCCAUAUUAUAGAAUCCAAGUAAGUAGGCAGUGAAGUAAAUGAUUUUCUCAAGAUGCUCCAUGAAGGAGACGAUUACCACUGAAUCGAGAAUAUCCUCUUUAAAUGUAGAAGAUAACUUAAAUGUUGUGGAAGUGAUAAAAACAUUGAGUUUAACUUAAAUUAAAAUUUAAUACCAAUAACAAUAAUCACAGCCAACAGAUGGUGAUGUGUAUGUGAGGCAAAUUUUCAAAAAAAUAAACAAGCAUCACAUAAUGUCCAAUAUAAUAAUUAUAAUAAUAAUAAUAAAGAAAUAAUUUCAAUAGAGAGAUAUAUACCUUGGACUAAGGAUCAAUUGA